UGCUGGGGCUGGGUGGUCACACGCGCAGGGAUUAGCCGUGGGAUGGUAGUGCUCACAGGAACUGGACGGUUCCCUGGGGAAGCCAUCAACGGGCUGCAGAGCAGCGAGUGUGAACAGCCAGGGGACCCAGCACAGGGAGCACGGGGUGGACCCUGAUGGCCUCCGACUCCAGGUGGGGAGGGGCGGCUCUAUCCUGCCAACCUCAGCAAGGCCCUGGAGGACACUUUACGAUGACCACGUUCAGCUGUGUCAGAGAUUCUUUUCCAAUGUGUAGAGAUGACCUUUCCGGUUGGUCUUGAAUGUCUGCUCAGCCAAGCCACCUCCCCGAGCACAGGGUAGUUAACCUGCUAAUCAAAGCUCGUGUGCCCACGCAGCCCUCCCUCAGAGAGCGCCGUGAUCAUCUGGAUGAUUUUCUCUCAAAUAUUCUGGCCUGGAGGCUUCCCAUUGGUGGAAGAGAGAAGACAGGAAGGCCACAGUGUCCCUGCUGAGUCCUCACUACACAUCUGAGUUGGUGUCCAGAGGGUUCCAGAGCAGCCCAGGCUGGCAGGGGACCUGACGAAGCAGAUGGGACUCAAAAUAUUCUGCAUACUGUCAUCCUUCCAGUUCAAGAGUGAUUCUUGGCCCUUGUUAACUCAAACAUUCCUCCUUCCAGCUGAUCUGCGAUUCCUCACUCGAGCGGACUCCGGCGGGCGCCUGAGCAGCGGUGCAAUCCCCAGGGACGAGGGCAGCGCCCGGCAGGGCUGGGGCAGCCGGGCAUGGCCAGCACGGCUGUGCAGCUCCUGGGCUGCCUUCUGAGCUUCCUGGGCCUGGUGGGCACGCUCAUCACCACCAUCCUGCCGCACUGGCGCAGAACAGCGCACGUGGGCACCAACAUCCUGACGGCCGUGUCCUACCUCAAGGGGCUCUGGAUGGAGUGCGUGUGGCACAGCACUGGCAUAUACCAGUGCCAGAUCUACCGGUCCCUGCUGGCACUGCCUCGCGACCUACAAGCAGCCCGGGCGCUCAUGGUCAUCUCCUGCCUGCUCUCGGGGGUGGCUUGCGCCUGCGCCAUCAUCGGCAUGAAGUGCACCCGGUGCGCCAAGGGUACGCCGGCCAAGACCACCUUCGCCAUCCUCGGGGGCGUGCUCUUCCUCCUGGCCGGCCUCCUGUGCAUGGUGGCGGUCUCCUGGACCACCAACGACGUGGUGGCGAACUUCUACAACCCGCUGCUGCCCAGCGGCAUGAAAUUCGAGCUCGGCCAGGCCCUGUACCUGGGCUUCAUCUCCUCAUCCCUCUCGCUCAUCGGGGGUACCCUGCUCUGCCUGUCCUGCCAGGACGAGGUGCCCUACAGGCCCUCCCAGCCCCAGCCCCGGGCAGCCACCACCACGGCGGCCACCGCACCUGCCUACCAGCCCCCGGCUGCCUACAAGGACAACCGGGCGCCGUCCGUGACCUCGGCUUCACACAGCGGGUACAGGCUGAACGACUACGUGUGAGUCCCCAGGGCUGGCCCUCCGGGGCACUGUCUGGCCGCUGGGCCCGCGAGGCUGCGGACUGAUGCCGGCUCCAGCAGAGUUCACUUCUGGGCGGUUCUUGUUUCCAGGGAAAGAAUGUGAACGCCGGAAGUGCUCCCAGGACACAGGGAGAGAGGGGGGAAGACAGAGGAGAGAGGCUCUACAUACCAAAGACACUUAAAAAAUCUCUACUGUUUUUUUAUUUAUUAUAUGUAUUUAUGUGGGUGAUUUAAUAUCAGGUUAAUAAAAAGUGACU